AUGUGGAAGGCAGCCCUCUUGACCCUGGGCUUGUUGGUGGCACUAGUAGACAGGGUGCGGUCCAAUGAUGGCCAUCCCUCUUUCUAUGGUGUGAAACUGUGUGGAAGAGAGUUCAUACGAGCUGUCAUCUUUACCUGUGGUGGUUCUCGUUGGAGGAGAAGUGUAGGAGAUGCAGCUCUCAUUGGAGAAGAAGCUUUUGACCCUUGGAACACAAAUCUCGUUCCUCAACUUACCAGCGAGCAGGAUCCCACAGAGUCCCAAGCAUGGAGAGAUCAAACAUCGAACGUGGCAUCAAUGGCUGCUGGAUUAAGCCGCUCAGCUCGCUCACCAAUCUCAGAGGAGGUGCUGGAGGCUCUACGGAGCGCAGAUAGGAAAGGACGAGAUGUGGUGGUUGGACUGUCCAAUGCCUGCUGCAAGUGGGGCUGUAGCAAGAGUGAAAUUAGCUCUCUGUGCUGAGCUUUAAUUCUUCAAUAUAUACCAAUAUAUAUCAAUAAUCCAGAGGUCAAGUCUUUUCCUAUGUGAUUCCUUCAUUUCUCCACACUUAGAAUUCUUAAAAUGUCACAACCCAUCCAACUCACUGUCCAUGUUUUGACUACUGAUGCAGAAAUGUGACUGUCAGAACUUGAUCUUUAUGUUUAA